AUCUCAGCAACAAAGCACCAUGGGGAUGAACCAACUUAGGGUAUUUCAUUACUCACUGAGGUCUACAAGAUACAAGUAGUUCGAGUUCAAAAGCGAUUUAUAACCUCAAGAGGUUCCCUCGUGAGUUUAAAUUCUUACCAGAGAUAGAAUGUUAAAGAAGAAAACCUCUGUAUUUGCUCAUAAUUUUCUGAUUGGGGUUUUUUGAUCUUUAUCUCUCGGCAAAUAAAAAAAGGAUAAAACCCUCACGAUAAAACACUUUGUUUUUGUUGUUGAAAAGCGUAAAAAAUCAAAACGAAAAAUUUGCAUUCUGAGAUGUUGCCUCAGUCGUCGGCGGUACGAUUUUGAGUAUAAUCGGAUGCAGUUUUUGAAUAUAUGUGAUGUACACAGAUGAAAACUUGAGUUUUCUACAAAAACUAUAAAAGAAUCAUGUCAAAAUAUUCUGGGUAAAAAAUACAUCGAUUUUCUUUUUCGAUGUUCUCUCAGCCAGACUUUCACUCCAUAUUGUCAAAAAGGUAAAUCUUUAUUUAGAAUUUGAGUAUCAAAUAGGAAGUAUUUUGUCUGUUCAUGAUGUUAUUCCUCAAGAACGUUUGAAUACUCUAUUAAAAUCGAAUAUAAAAGAGAUUACAUUGACUGAUUUACAAGAAAUGAUAUCUUAUAAACAAGAUGUUGUUGAAUGCAAACAAUUAUUAUAUUUAUUUCGCACGAGAAUAACAGAACGUCAAGAACGAUUAGGAAAAAUACAACGUUUACAAAAACUCUUAUUAACAUCAUCAUUAUUUGAUGAAUUUUUAAAAGAAAUUGCGGAUAUUGGUAUUGAAUAUUUUACCGAAGAAGAACUGAAUUGUCUCGAAGAAGCAAAAAUAAUUGAUAUUGGAACAUUGGCAAUGUUAUUAUCACUACCAAAACUUGAAAAACUAGACGAACGAGAUUUAGAUGAUGAUCAAAAAAAAUUUUUACAUUCUAGUAAACAGCAACAAUUACAACGAUCAACACAAUUAUCCACAGCCAUUGAUAGAACAAGUUUAUCGUCGAUUAAAGAACGACAACGAUCUAACCCUAUCACAAAGUAUCCGCGCUUAACCUAUCUGCAUAUAUUAGAUCCUAUGAUUAAAAAAUUUUCAUUAUUUAUGACAUCGAUAAUGAUUCGUAUAAUUUCGAAAAAAGAUGCAUUCAAUCCGGUCAUUGAAACACUGUUGAAUAAUUCGAAUGAUUAUUUAUCAGCUGGCGAAGUUUUGGAAGCAUGUGAACGUGAACAAAUUUUGCCAUUAACGGAAAUUAAUCGUAUAUGUCAGGAAGCAUUCUAUUCUGAUUGUGAACAACAACCACGACAGUCUGAACCUAAUAGUAGUAGAGAUCAAUAUUCGACAUUUCGAUUACAAUCAUCAUACUCUCAACGUAAUGCAUCAGAAAAUAUUAAUUCUGUAUCUUCAACAAGUAUCAGAAAUAAUUCUCACGUACAACGUCGUCCCAUUUAUAAUUCAAAUUCGAAUAAUCAAACGUUAAUAAUGCCAUUGAGUUUUAAUUCUUUUACAAAUGCAACAAAUUCGAUUGUAAAUCGUAGUCAAAAUAUGAAUGUCUCAAUAACAAAAGGUACUGAUAAUGAUAGGCAACCGUUGAUAAGUGGUAGUGGAGUUAUCACUCAUUUAAUGUCGACAACAUUAUCGGAUUUUACUGGUCGAACAUCACACAAUACUCAUACUGCAUUUGACUGUUAUAAUCGUGAAAUACACAAAUAUUCGAAUGAUAUUAAUGAACGACACAAAAUGGAUCAAAAUAUUAUCCUACGUAUAUUCGAUCGUAUACUCUAUUUUAAUCAUCGAACAAUUAUUAACAAUCAAUUAAAACACUUUCUAGGUGUUUUAAAACCAUUAGCAAUUUACAAAGCUCAACUUGUUGUCGAAAACGAUAUUAAAACGCUUUUAUUACUAAUCAAAGCUCGUAAAAAACAGAAGAAAUUAACCAUUAAAGAUUUGAAUCAUUACCUAGACACAUAUCCUAUACCAUGUCGUCUUGAUGUUGUCAAUGAAUUGAGACGUUUAAAUAUCAUUUCACCAUUGUUAACCACACAUUAUACUCUCAUACAAGUAAAAGAAUUAAAAUCGACAACUCCUGAACAACAAGCAAUCUUUUUAUUUUAUAUGAUGAUUAAACUCAUUCGUGGAGAAGGUCAAAUUGAAGAUCAAACAUUAAAAACAAUUUUAGAACAAUAUAAAAGAAAUUCGGAAGGUAGUACAAAUCAACAACAAUCAAUAAAAUUAAAUCAUUUGUAUAGGCAAACAGUUAAAGAAGGUUAUUUGACUAUUGAACAAGUAUUAAGAUCGGCAAAAGAUUUUUUUUUGAAUGAUUAUAUUAGUGAAGAUAUAGUAAAAAAUGGUGGAGAAUUUAAAACCGUUAUUGCUGAACAAAUCCUGUGGGAUAUAUUGAAUAAACCACAUUUAACAGCAACGCAACUUGACGUAACUAUUAAUCAGAAUAUGAAACGUCGUCAAGUUGUUAAAGCUGGUGUACUCGGUGAUCAAUUAAAAACGGCUAAAAUACAAAAAGAAACUUUAGAAAAAAAAGUUGAUAAUGCGUUGAAAUCAAAAUCAAUUGAUAUAAAUCGUCCAAUAAUAUCUAAUACACAUUUGCAUUCAUUUAGUUUCGAUGGUAUAAUUCCACUUGAAUUUGAAUCAAGAGUAAAAGUUGAAAAAUUAAAUUUAUCAAAUUUGAGAAAUCAAUAUAUCAAAUCAAAGAUACCACGUGAUCAAUUACAUGUACUCAUUGAAAAAGGUGGCUAUUCUCAAGAAGUACAUCAAAAAUUUAUUAAAGAAUUGGAUAUUAUCGAAUCAGGUAAUUCAUUGGAGAUAAUUAAACACAUAACAAAAAAUAUUUCACAACUAUUGAAAGAGAACGGUUCAAUUGAUGAAAAACCGCUAAUAAAACAUUUUCAACGACAUCAUAUCUUAUUUCAUGCCGAUUUUGAUUUUUUAUUGGCAAGAAAUGGUUUGGUUGAUUUAGAAGAUUUAACCCAUUUAUUAGUUGUCAGUAAACUGGCUAAAGUCGACACAAUUGCUGCAUAUGCCAGAGAUGUCAAAUGUUUUAAAGUAAGAAACAAGAGUUCUGUUACCUUAGAAGAAGUUGAAGAUAAAAGUAUUAACUGA